AUGAGCUUCUCCAACAGCGAUUUGUGGGCGUCGCGGACUGCAUUGGUCUGCAUAGCGGUAGUCAGCGCAGUAUGGCAGCGCAAACUGUCUUCGAUUGUCCCUGAUCCGUAUUUAGAUGAAGUGUUUCAUGUUCGACAGGCACAAGUCUACUGCUCUGGUGCAUUUAGUCAGUGGGAUCCUAAAAUCACGACGCCCCCAGGAUUAUAUCUCGUUUCAUAUCUAGUCUACCUGGUUACGGGCCGUUGCGAUAUAGACAUCCUAAGACUUGUCAAUAUCACCGCAAUAUGUGGUAUAUUAUUGUCAUCCUUCAGGAUAUUGCGGCUUCUCCGUGAAGCAAGAGGGAAGGAAGCGAACCGAGUGGAUUUCCAAAGUGGGCGGAGAUUGCAGGGCUUUUUAUUUGAUGCUCACUCCGCGCUCAACAUUUCCCUUUUUCCUCCGUUGUUCUUCUUCUCUGCGUUAUACUACACAGACGUUGUGUCAACGCUAUGCGUCUUGGAGAGCUACAUAACGCUCCUACAAUCACGGCGACCCAGAGCAUCUGAGCUGGGAUCUACAGUCCAAACGAUACUACUAGGUAUCGUAGCACUCCUAUUUCGACAGACGAACAUCUUCUGGGUGGCUGUGUUUCCUGCUGGCUUGGCCGUGUUGGAAGUGCUCAAAAACGGAAGGGCAUCUGCUGAGAAUAACGCCACUACGAAACAGACUCCACUGGAGGCUCUGAAACAUAGCUGGACACAUUCCACACUAUAUGACUGCCCUGUGAAUCAGGCGGGAGUAGAAGAUUAUUUCAUCGUCAUUGUUUCUGCAGGCCUAGCAGCUGUAGGAAGAUUACCGUCUCUUAUGAAGGUUGCCGUACCCUAUUUCACCCUAUUAGUAGCUUUUGGUGGCUUCGUAGCCUGGAAUGGUGGUGUUGUUCUCGGUGACAAAUCAAACCAUGUUGCAACUUUGCAUUUCUCACAGAUGCUUUACAUCUGGCCAUACAUCUUCUUCUUCUCAUUCCCGCUUACCAUUCCGCUCUUCCUAACACCACUGAGCAACCGACUCUUCCAAGGGAAGAUCCAACCAUUCCUAGAGGCCCACCUAUCUAUCCCAACCACCUCCAAACCACCACGAAUCAUCAUCGCUAUCAUCUGCAUGAUACUAGCAACCCUCACCGUUCACUACAACACCAUCAUCCACCCCUUCACCCUAGCAGACAACCGCCAUUACGUCUUCUACGUGUUCCGGAUCCUCCGACACCACCCACAACUCAAAUACCUCGCCGUACCUGCAUACUACUGCUGCGGGUGGCUUGUGAUGCACACCCUCGGUAUCUCCCGCGACUCUCAAAUUCCAAAUCAAGCGGAGUCGUCGUCGAAAACGAGUCGCGGCAAGGAGCUGAAACGCGCCGCCGCACCCGCGGGAGAUCAUUCCUGCCCGGCCAGUUUUGUCCUCGUGUGGCUUGCGACAACGACGCUUUCGGUCGUUACGGCUCCUUUGGUCGAGCCGCGCUACUUUAUCAUUCCGUGGAUUAUGUGGCGGCUUCAUGUCCCCAGCACGGCCGCGGGGGGUGGUUCUUCAAGCACACCACGCGCCGAGAAAAUCGCGUCGAAGCCGCUCAGUGGUGUGACGGGGAAAGUUCCUGCGCUCUGGCAAGGGUAUGACCUGCGGUUGUGUCUGGAGACGGGAUGGCAUUUGGCUGUGAACACUGUUACGGCGUACAUUUUCCUGUAUCGGGGGUUCGUGUGGCCGCAGGAGCCGGGGAAGAUCCAACGGUUCAUGUGGUGAGGGGGUGGGUCUGAUUCUGAAGCGUUUCGUCCGUCGCAUCGACAAGCACAGUCUGGUUACCCCCUCGUGGAGGUCGUCGAUAUACUCGACGCGCGCGUAGAUAAAGGUACAAUGCCCAGCUCGCGAUUUAGAGUCUGCUGAGAGAAGCGCUGUAGAAUGUGUCUAAAUAGCUUGAAUGUGAUUCUAAUGUGUAUAGAGCUUGCUUGUAUAGAGCUUUCUGCUACGUC